AUGGGUCACAGUAAUUCAAGACUCAAAAGAGUUCAAGUUCUAGACGAUCUUGAAGUAAUUGAUCUCCCUAAAGCCAGUGAAAAUCAUAUAAAAGAGAACUUCUCUAUUGAUGGGAAUAUGACACCUAAAUCAAACUCCAAGAAAGCCACUGCUUUUACUAAGAAAAGAAGUUUUAAAGAUGAAAUCCUGCGAGGAGUAUUUUCUGAGGACUAUGAGAAGGAGAAGAAAAGGAUAAUGGAUCCUGAAGGAAAAACCAUUAAAACCUGGAACAAGAUUUUCUCACUCUCAUGCCUAUUUGCUUUAUUCUUGGAUCCAUUGUUUUUAUUGUUGCCUGUAAUCGAUGGCCAAGGUUGCGUAGCUAAUGGAAUGACAGCCCAAGUUGUCCUCACCAUCCUAAGAUCAGUGACUGAUGUGUUGUAUUUGAUUCAGAUCAUUGUUCGGUUCCAUACAGCUUAUGUAGCACCCUCUUCUCGUGUUGUUGGAAGAGGAGAGCUUGUGAUUGAUCCUUCAAAGAUUGCAAUGAGGUACCUUAGAAAAGGUUUCAUUAUCGACCUCAUGGCUUCCCUGCCACUUACUCAGGUGUUACUUUGGGUAGUUAUACCCAAUGUUGAGGGUACUGUAGUGACUGUGAGAAAAAAUGCCAUGUGGUUUAUCAUGAUAGUCCAAUAUAUCCCGAGAGUGAUUCUCACCUACCCUCUCUCAUCGAAAAUUAUUGAUGAAAGUGGCAUUGUGGCAGACACAGCAUGGACAGGAGCUGGUUAUAACCUCAUGCUUUACCUAAUGGCUAGCCAUGUUUCAGGAUCUUGGUGGUAUCUUCUAGGUAUUGGGCGACAAGAAGCAUGUUGGAGAAGUGCGUGCAACCUUGAGUCCGCUUGUCGAAAUGAAUACUUUGAUUGCCAUACCGUUAAUGACGAUGCUAGGUCCAAUUGGUUCAGCUCGACAAAUGUUACCAAUCUAUGCACUCCAACUUCUAACUUUUACCAAUACGGUAUAUUUGGAGAUGCAUUGAACUCAAAUGUUAUAGCUUCACCAUUCUUCAACAAGUACUUUUACUGUUUAUGGUGGGGUUUAAGGAACGUAAGUUCUACAGGACAAAAUCUUGUUACAAGCACUUAUAUGGGAGAAGUUCUUUUCACCAUCGUCUUCGUUGGCACACUAGGGCUGUUUCUGCUUGCACUGCUCAUUGGAAAUAUGCAAAGAUACCUUCAAUCAGCAACACUGCGAUUAGAAGAGCGGAGGAUUAGGAGAACUGAUACAGAACAAUGGAUGCAUCAUAGGCAACUACCUUCAGAACUAAAGCAGUCUGUUCGACAAUAUGAUCAAUCGAAGUGGUUCGCUACUAAAGGUGUCAAUGAAGAAACACUUCUCGAUGGCCUCCCUGUGGAUCUCCGGAGAGAGAUCAAGCGCCAUCUUUGCCUUUCUCUAGUUCGACGAGUCCCAUUGUUCGAUCAAAUGGAUGAAACACUGCUAGACGCAAUAUGUGAGAGGCUUAGACCUGCACUAUGCACCAACAACAUGUUCAUUGUGCGAGAGGGUGACCCUCUCAAUCAAAUGAUGUUCAUAGUACGAGGUCACCUUGACUCUUACACCACUGAUGGUGGGCGUUUUGGGUUCUUCAACUCAUCAAGACUUGGCUCAGGUGACUUCUGUGGUGAGGAGCUACUGACAUGGGCUUUGGAUCCAUGCCCAAAUGUCAUACUCCCAACUUCCACACGCACAGUGAAGGCUACAACUGAAGUGGAGGGGUUUGCUCUAGUAGCAGAGGACUUAAAAUUUGUUGCGUCACAAUUCCGAAGGCUACAUAGUAAACAACUUAGACACACGUUUAGGCACUACUCACACCAAUGGCGAACAUGGGCUGCAUGUUUUAUACAAGUUGCAUGGCGUAGGCAUAAAAAGCUAAAGGAAAUGGCUAAAAAUGGAAUCAGUGAGAGUGGACGGCCUCUAAAGGAAACCUUCUGGUCAAAGUAUGCAGAAGCAUUUGUUGAGAAGACUAGAAGUAGAAGGUUUGUCCUUGAAUCUGCAGAAUCAGUUUCCAGCACUGUCAACCCGCUGCAAAAGCCCGUAGAGGUAGAUUUUGAUUGAAUCUGAUUCUGUAUAGAACCCAAACUAUAUAUGGAACUGAUCUUUAAAUGAAGAGUUGUUUGUGUAUAUCCUCUUUUUACUUGUUUUGGAUAAAUAAUUUUACACAAACUGGACAUGUAGAUUGUGUUCUAUGGUGCUUCGAAGGACUUUAAGGGUGGCAGGGG